AUACAAGAAUGCUAAGAAAUUAGGAUUAUUGGAAGCUAUAUAUGCCAUUGUCUUCAAGCAAGCUACCAGGAGAGGGAUCUUCUUCUUCAAUUCGAGAGCUAUUAGACAACAUAAUUAUUAUGGUUUCUUGUGCCAAAGUAAAAUAAGGUUUUUCUUGUGGAAGAAUAAAGAUGCUUAGUAGGAUAUGCAGACGUAGAUUCAGCUCUGAUUUUCCUCAACCAUGGCUCUUUAUUGGGCUGGGCAAUCCUGGUGAUAAAUACAAGGGAACAAGACAUAAUGUUGGAUUUGAUAUGGUAGAUGCAUUUGCACAGUCAGUUGGCAUCCAGAUGGAUGAUGUACAUUGCAAAGCUAUAUUUGGGAAAGGUUUCCUUAAUGGAGUUCCCGUUUUCCUUGCUAAGCCCCAAACUUAUAUGAAUUUGAGUGGUGAAUCUAGUGGACCACUUGCUGCAUAUUAUAAGCUUCCACUCAACCGCGUGAUUGUGUUUCAUGAUGACAUGGAUUUGCCAUGUGGGGUACUUCGUCUUCACCCUAAAGGAGGUCAUCAUAGUCACAAUGGGUUAAAGAGUGUGAUUUAUCAUUUUCGUGGAAACAAAGAGUUUCCUCGAUUAAGAAUAGGCAUUGGAAGACCUCCUGGUCAAAUGGAUCCGAAGGCAUUCUUGCUUCAAAAGUUUAAUGCAACUGCUCGAGAACGGGUUGAUGUUGCUUUACAAGAAGGGGUUGAUGCGUUGAAACAGCUCUUAUCCAAAGGCUUAACAGAAUCUGCGAGGUGUUUUAACACUCAACAAAAGUACAAGCAUAUAAGAUUACAGACAAUCCGGACAUGAUCAUGAUUAUAUUCAAGCCUU